GCGCAAUGCGUUAGCUUUAAGUUUACUGGUAGCAGAAUUUUGCUAACUUGCUAGUUUAUUUUUAUUUUUUGGUACCGUGCGGUAGUUUAUUAUAUGUUUUACAUGCUUUUGAACAGUUUAGUUCAUGUAUUGCCAAAGUUUGCGUCAUGGAUUUAUGAGAAUUACGUUAUUUACACUCUCUGAAAGUAGCUGUAGGGAAAGUCUCCGUUCUUCUUCGGCUACAGUAAAGUCCACAGGCAGAGGAGAUUCUCUUAUAAACAACAUGCCCAAGAAAGAAAAAACGAGCAAAACCACGCAGACGAAGAAGCAGUCAGAAACACCGACCGGUCCAGUUUCCACGCAUAAAGACGGCGGACUUGCAAUAGCGAUACACGCCAAGCCUGGAGCAAAGCAAAAUGCUGUCACAGAUGUGAGCUCGGAGGCGGUGGGGGUCGCUAUUGCUGCACCUCCUACAGACGGCGAGGCCAACGCGGAGCUCGUGCGCUAUCUGUGCAAAGUGCUGGCGCUGAAGAAGAGUGAAGUCACGCUGGAUAAGGGCAGUAAAUCCAGAGAAAAAGUCAUUAAAGUCAUUGCAUCGAUUAGUCAAGAGGAGGUUCUGGAGAGACUAAAGCGAGAGGCUGCUGGCUGAAGCUCAGCACUAAAGCAAGAGAUCUCAGACAUUUUUGUAUUGGGGAACACCUUUUACUCUAAAAUUAAUUCCACGGACCCCAUCAGGACUGAAAGACCCCCCCCCCCCAGGAAUAUUAUUUAAAUAGAUAAUAUAUUUAUUUAUUAGACCUUUAGAUUCGUGAAAUUUCCACUGACAAUAUUUAUAGGCCCACUCAUUUGAGUUAUUGAGGUUUGUAUUAAACCCAUUCAUAAUAAGAGUAUAAUCUAAUGCACUAUAUGAUCAAACGUUUGUAGACACCUAACCAUCACAAAAUUGCAAGCACACAAAUGUCUAGAAUGUCUUUGUAUGCUGUAGCAUGACAAUUUCCUUUCAUUAGAGAACUAAGUAGCCCAAACCUGCUCCAGUAUGACAAUGCACCUGUGCACAGCGAGCUCCAUGAAGACAUGGUUUGCCAAGGUUGGAGUGAAAGAACUCGAGUGUCCUGUAUGGAGCCCUGACCUCAACUCCACUGAACACCUUUGAGAUGAAUUGUAACACUGACUACGUUUACAUGGACAGCAGUAAUCUAAAUAUUGACCUUACUCUGAGUAAGAUAAUAAUGUGAUUAAGGUGUUUACAUGAGUCGCUUUUAGAAUAUUCCUGUCAUGUUCCUGUUUUUCAUGUUCUAGAACAUAAUUAGAUUAACAGCCCACGUCAUUACGUCACCGCGCCACGCCGUUCGACGUCCCUCCAGAAUUUCACUUAUCAACAUACAGUUUGUCUUCGUUAUGGUACCGUAUACAGUUUUGGAUGUUUUUAUUUAAUUUUCUUACGAAAGCUUUUAAGUGCAGUUAAUUAUUUGUCAUGCUAUACGUGCAAAUAGACAGCUGCUUGAAGCCGUGGGCUGUGUCCCAAACCGCAUACUUACCGUCUAUAUAGUAGCCGAGAUAACAUGUAUUUUUUCCCCACUACAGGCCUAUAGCAGGCAAGUAUGCGGUUUGGGAAGCAGCCGAACUCUCUUGUUUGCCGUAAAACGUAAAACUGCCAUGUGCGAUCGUGUCCUGUCGCAAAAUGCGGUGAAAACUCUCACACGACGUUCAUAAUGUGAUUAAGGUGUUUACACGUCUGUAAUACACGUCCAUAAUGCGAUUAAAACAGGAGUACUCCACCUGUCUUAAUUCAAUUAUUGCUUACUUCGAGUGUGACCUUAAUUAGAUUAAGGUAAUUAAAAAUUGCUGUUUACAUGGUAGUUUCUUAAUCAAAGUAUGGUCUUAAUCGGGUUAAGAGUGGAUUAUUGUUGUCCAUGUAAACGCACUGCAUGUAAACGCACUAACUGAUUUCAUCCGAGACCUCCUCCAAAAUCUUGUGGAAAACCCUCCCAGAAGAGUGGAGGUUGUUAUAACAGCAAAGGGGAACUACAUCUGGAAUGAGAUGUUUAAAAAGCACAUGGUCAGGUGUCCACAAACUUUUAGCCAUAUCGUGCACAUUUGAUAUUUGUGCCUUGUGUUUUUCAUCACUGUAACUAAAUUUAAAUAAAUAAAUAAAUCACUGACACCCUGACUACGCUUCACACACCCCACUUUGAGAACCACUGCACUGCAGGAUUUUUGGUUACUAUUUGAUAUCUGUACUGUAUUUUAGUACAAAUGGACUGAGCAUCUAGUUCCUAUAAGAAGUGAAUACCAUAAGUACACCUCACAAAAGGUAAGAUGGCAGGUGUACACAUUUUUGCUAGUACUUUAUAGUAUCUGCUUCUUAUAGGAGCAUGGAAUUGAAUGCUCAGUCCAUUUGUAUUAAAAUGAUUAUGGAGCCCCAUUCCAUUCCAGUUUAUUAUUUAUGAAGCCACCAUGCCAGACAAAUGGAUGUUUUGAUUGAACAAUGUCUUUUUCAUCACCUUUAAACCUCUGUGACAGUGUCUCUGUGCUUCUCUCUGAGUAAUAUAGUUGUUAAGGAUAGGCCUAAUGAGUGUUUCUAUUAGACAAUUUUCAUUAAGACCCACCAUUUUAUCACCUGAUUUAAAGGAGCUUAUUGCACUGUUCCUAACAGUGCAUGGACCAAAAUGUAUUAACUAAUUAGUGAUGGUGUUACACAAGCUACAUAUCUUGUAGCCAUAAAACUAAACAGUGACUAUAUUAUGUGUUUUUGUGUUUUAUCUUUAAAGCUCAGACAAAGGUGCAGAGAGGUCCCUUCCAACUUUGUCUAGUGUAUAUUAAACACAUCCUCAGUCAGCAGUUUCUAAAACCGUUUCAGUUUCUGAUUUUAUAUAUUUAACAUGAAUUAAGGGGAAUUUAAAUUUCUUGCUGAUGGUGGCUAAUUUAUCAUUUUUUAAUACAUUAACACAAAGUGAGUAAUCAAUAUCAUACUCUGCAUCUUUAAAAACUGACAACUGGCUCAUUAGAAAAAAAGAGUUUUCAAGAUGGUGAUGCUAAAGUGAUUGCAAACAUUUAUCAAAUCUAAUAAUGUGAGCCAAGGGAAACCAUUUCAUACUGAAUCAUGAUUGCAGUUAAACAUGUUUAAUUGAAUAUUCAAUUUGUAACAUUAAUUACUCCAUCAAAAUGGUGAUUCUCCACUUCAAAACCUAUUGAGCAUAUUCUGAGAUUGCAAACCUUCUUCCUUUUGUAACCUUUUGACAACAGCAAGAAUGGAGGAGGAAAUCAAUAAAGAAGGAUACAUUUUUGUAUUCAUUUUGUAUUAAUCAGUUAUUAAGUGUUAAAGCCUACCAAUUUGUUAAUAUGAUUAUUUUUGUUUUAGUAAUAUGUUAAAUUGAAUGUAUUACAGAGAUGUUUGGACCAUGCAUGAGUCAGUUGAUGCAGAAUUUUUAAAACUACACUGGGAGUCGGUAGAAACACCAACUGUUGAGUCCAUCAGCAAUAAUCAAUCCUUCCUGCAAAUGGCCAGUGUAGCUGCAGGUCCUCGUUCCAACCAAGCAGGAGUUAUGCUGAUUAUACUUGUUUAAUCAAUUAAAUCUUUAAAACUAUUCUAUGUGACUCCUAUUUGGCUAGAAUUAAAAUCUGCAGAUCCACACUAACAGAUGCAUCUCAGUCAGAAAAGUUCUUUAACAAACUAAAUUAAAGGAUUUAAAUGAAGGUGUUAGAGAAAAGUGUUGCUCAUGUCUCAGUUUUAUUUAUGACUAGUAAGAACAAUUAUGUUGUAACAAAUUAAUACACAUAUGAGCCCUUCUGAUUAAAUGUAUGAGUCACACUUCAUGUAAAGUAGAAUAAAUGUAUUCCUGAAUGACAUUUGAUUGCCAGGCACAGCUGUUAAAGCUUAGCUGCAACCCAUCAUUUGUGCUGUCAUAAAGACAUGCAGUAAAUUUUAUUACAAAACACAGAAUGAUGUAUGAUAAGCAGCUUCAUGUAAUUAAAGAGCAGAGGGUUUUUUCCAUUAUGAAAUGUUGGCGUAGGAGUUGAGAUCAGUUCUUUGUGCUAAAGUGAUAUUUCAUGCAGUCGGUACCCUUCCUGUGCAAUAUGAAAUGCAAUCUCUAUGAAUUUCUGAGAGUUGUGAAAAUGUUUUUAUAUAAUACUUAUGAACAUUCCUACAACAUUGCUGAAAUUUAAUACUAUUUCUGGGCUGGUAGAACUGACUUUCUUUGAAGAAGUUGCUGAAUACAUCCUGAGCAAACAUUUUAACAUUGGCCUCUGGAUUUAAACAGAGACUGCAAACAGCUCAACGGAGCCCAAUCAAAUUAAAUUGCAAGACCUCACCAGGAAUGACUAACCUGGGAAAUCCUUUUAUAGUCUAUGGUGAUUACAUUGAAUAUGGAACAGGCUCAUGAAGGUGGAGCCAGUGGGCCACAGGGGCUGAAUGUGUGUAGGUGUUCCCAGAUGGUAGAGAAACAAGUAUGGAGGGAAUCUCAAUGAAUUAAGGCAAGUUAUUAAAGGCCCUGGCCUGGUUGUUUGUCUAACCCACAUUUUUUUCUAUUUAAAAAAGUGCUUUACACUACAGCUAUAGCUAAUUUCUAUGCUUGUCUUAUGAGAGGUUUGACUAAAUUGUAACAAAAAUUGGCCACAAUAAUCCAAACCAACCAGAGCUAUACUUUACCAUCUUUACUUUCUUUACGU